AUGGGCAAAGAAGAUGGCGGUCAGCCGGUUGCCUGCAUCCACUUAAACACAGCUCCAAAAGCCCUCGUCAUUCAGUUGAUUAACCAGGGCUUGGAUGCUGCUUUGUCCCUGGACGAGCUUUCGUCCAAACAACAAGAUAGUCAGUUGAGCGCGCGAAUAGCAAACCCAGGGAAGCCACUCAAACGCAAGGAGUGGACCCCAGAAGAGGAUGCUCGUUUGAAACAGCCGAGAGAAAAGGAUAAACUGCCAUGGUCUCAAGUUAAGAAGCACUUCCCCACUCGGACGGCGGGAGCAGUCCAGGUCCGAUAUUACACAGCUGUCAAGGAUUCGACCUCGCCAUCCAUCGAACCCGUCCUUCAAAAUCGUACGAAGGAUACUCUGGACACCGCGUCAGGUGUGACAAGUCGUUCGCGGCCCGUUCGGGCUCGGCGAGCCGUGGAGCGCUACUCACCGUCGUAG